CCACAUCAGCAGUACCAACAGUGCCAUCCACCAUGACGGUUCCAGCUUUGGGCAUGCCGGGCCAACUGGCCGACGAGUCCAUUGACGAGUACCAUCAGUGGUUGCUAGCUCAGCUCGCACUGGUCGAGGCUGAGGUACAGCGCCAGGUGGCAGCCGAGGCUGCCCGCCUACAGACUGAAGCAGAGGCAGCAGCUGAAAAGCAGCGGCUCCAGGCCGAAGCAGAAGCAGAUGCCCAGGCCCUCCGGAGGGAGGCCCAAGAGCUGCUGCAGCAUCACGAAGCCACCAGCAUCGACAAGCUCAAGUUCUGGCAUUUUGAACCAUCCGCCGGCCAGGACAACGCAACACCGGAAGAGCAGCAUAAGGAGUUUUUCUCCAAACUCUUCACACGGUUGGUUUACGCUUGUAACCACCAACAGUCCGAGUUAGAGAAACAGCACCAGGAAUUUCUAAGUCUCCGACGGGCAAUGCAGAACCACAAGGAUCUGCACGAGGAUGCUACACGGGCACUUCAUUCCCAUGUACAGGACUUGGAGCAGGCCGCACCAAGACCAGAUGCUGGCGAGUCCAGCAAUGCAUCCUCUACCCGCCAAUUGGAGGAACGAGCUGAUCAUGUAGUCGCAAUGCUCGGCGACAUCAGCACCUUCGCCGCACCAGCCACCAUCAGCGAGCAGCUCGGCACCUUGCAGACCGAACUCAGGCAGCUGCACCAGCUGCCCGACAAUGAUCGCAGCACAUCAAAGCACUACAAGAUGCCAACGUUCAGGAUCGAGAAAUUUGACGACCAUACGCAUCAAGACCCAGUCGCGGCUAUGACAACGGAGUUCCGACACAUGCUGGACAAAUUUGUACUCGUCUACCUCGACGAUAUCUUGGUGUACAGCCGGAGUUUGGACGAGCAUGUGGAGCACAUGCGCACCGUUUUGGCACGACUACGACAAGCCAAGUACAAAGCCAACCGUGACAAAUGCAAAUUCGUGCGGCAAGAGCUCGAGUACUUGGGCCAUUUUGUGACGCCGCAAGGCAUCUGUCCGCGCGCGGACAAGAUCGAGGUCAUCCGAGUAUGGCCCGAGCCCACCAACACCACGACAGUUCGCUCAUUCAUGGGGUUGGCGGGCUACUACCAACGCUUCAUCACCGGGUACUCAAGGAUAGCCGCACCAUUGACGAGACUACAAUCACCAAAGGUGCCAUUCGUAUUCGAUGACGAAGCACGGCGGUCAUUCCAAGCACUCAAGACGGCCAUGCUCAUGGCAUCCGUCCUUAGGAUCUAUGAGCCCACCUUGCCAACGAGAGUGACAACUGACGUUUCCGGCUAUGGCAUUGGGGCAGUCUUGGAACAACAUGACGGCAACGAUUGGCACCUCGUGGAGUGUUUCAGCCACAAAGUGCCUCCCAUCAACUCACUUGAUGAUGCAAGGAAGAAGGAGCUACUCGCGUUCGUGAUGGCUCUCAAGCGCUGGUGGCACUUCCUCCUUGGGCAUCGUAGGUUCACAUGAGUCACGGAUAACAACCCGUUGACCUACUACAAGACGCGAGAUACGGUGAGCAACACUAUCGG